CGUCGAUCUCGCCGCAAGUCACUGGCGGAGUACCUUUGCCAUUCGCGAGGUCGGGCAGAUUUUUGCGCAUGAUGACCCCUCCCUCGUCCUAUGAUACAUGGACCCGCGAAGAGCUCGUUGCUCGCCUGGCCGAGUACGACAAAGUCACUCCGCAGAAGAGUCCGGAUGCAUCCCUGAGCCGCGUACCCGGACGACAGGUGCCGGGAUAUGCUGGCUCGAGCUCCGCCGCGGACGCGAAGACGAUCGACUUCUCCAACUUACCUCGAAGGAAGAUUGCUCUCAAGUUCUCGUAUGCGGGAUCGGAGUACAGUGGACUGGCGUAUCAGAAACUACCAUCUGCGUUGCCGACGGUCGAAGGCGUCCUAUGGGACGCCUUGACGUAUACCAGGCUCGUGGACGGCCCCGCCGGCAUGGACGCUACCGGCUGGGAGAAGUGCGGACGAACGGACGCGGGGGUUAGUAGUGCUGGCCAAGUUAUAUCUUUCUGGGUGCGAAGCAACCUCGACGAAAAUGCCGUGAAUACGUUGUCCACUGCUCGAAGCCAGCAGGAGCACCCUGCGCCUCAACAGCCUAGUGCAGAGUCGGUGCAAGACUCCGAUGAUGGGCCGGGCUUGGAGGGCGACCUUGGAUUUAUGGGCGAUCUCGAGCCAGAGGCCGGCCCAGUGGCUCUCCCGACACACCUUCAAAAGAAAGCCGAGUUCCGCUAUAUUUCCAUGCUGAAUCGCGUUCUUCCACCCACCAUCCGCGUGCUGGCCUGGUCACCUGUUGCCCCUGACUUUUCCGCUCGCCACAACUGCAAAUAUCGGCACUACAAAUACUUCUUCGACGCGGAAAGACUCAACAUCGACGCGAUGCGUGACGCCGCGUCCCGUUUGGUUGGCGAGCACGACUUCCGCAACCUCAGCACACUGGAUCCCUCAAAGCAGCUCACCAGCUUCAACAGACGCAUACUCCGAGCUGAGAUUUCGCCGGUCGCUCCCGAGAUGAAAUGCGCAGGAGGCAUGCACGUCUUCGACCUGGUCGGGCGAGCAUUCCUGUUCAAUCAAGUGCGGAGGAUCAUGGCCGUUCUUAUGCUGGUUGGGACGGAACUGGAGCCACCCUCGGUGGUUUCUGCGCUUCUGAACGCGGACCCAGAGCAUCCUGCUCCCGCUUGGUGUGACGCCGAGGACCCGCCGCCGGUGCUCGAGCGAUCUCCGGUAUAUCGCAUGGCAGACCCCCUCCCGCUGGUUCUAUGGGACUGCGGCUACGACGAUGCUGACGUGCGGUGGUACGUGGACGGGGACGAUCCCACGGAUGCAGGAGUCGCUCAGGAAGAAGGCACGGUCGGCGGGGACAGCCAUCUAUAUGCGCAAAUGGAUUCGAUUCGAGAGCGAUCGGCAAUACACGCCGCUCUCGACGCCCAUUUCGUCGCAUCGCUCGCCCGGUAUCACCGCCCUCCGGCACAGUACUUUCCAUUAAGUCACAAGGGGUACACACGCGGAGCCGCGAUCUCCGGGUUUCCGAGCGCGAUGCAGAUUCCGACGGGCGGAGGGGUCUACCACCGGUCGAGGACGUAUGUUCCUCUACUGCAGAGGCAGCGGCUCGAGCACUUCUCGGUGAUCAACGAGCGAUAUAGAACAGGUAAGGGGGCGAGGCGCGAAGAGCGCAGAGACGGGGCCGCGAGGGUGGACGUGGAGGACGAAUAAGGUUAGGCCUUCCUCCGAUAAUGAUACGGUCGAUUAUCGCCAUUGGACUGCGUAUGGGAGAGCGUUGACGCCCAUCGUCAGAGUCUUGUUUGUUUGUUUACAAGCGUAGAGACCCAUGACGCAGAUUCCGGAGCGCAUUGCUGUACCCUCGGCAUAUGUACGACCCCGGCGUGAUACCGUGCUGGAAUGUGUGGGCCCCUAGUGGUCGCGUUGGAUAGGAGAGCACCAAGACAAAUUUCAAUGCGCAGGAUGCGCUGUCUCAGCGCCAGAGAAUCCCGAACAGUGCUAGCCUGUGAGAAGAUCAGCCAGCAACCCCUGCCCGAAACACGCGAAAGCAUGCGGGUGACACCGUGACGUAACGCCUCACACGCGUGAUUUUUCUCUCGCUAUCAACGGUCACAUCCGUGACGUUGAAUUAGCUGGGGGCGCACUGCUGGAAGGGUGUGCUCCCACCUCUGCGAGUCCUCCCCCUACUACCCCCAGCCCCCCUUGAAUAAAAUCUCUCGAGCGGUCUAUCCCUCGUAGCUCAACUUCGCAAGAUGCCCAAAGAUAGCACCAAGCCCAAGGUACCCUCUGCCCCAAGGCCGAUAUUGGCGCAUAUAUGGGGUUUCGAUCGGCGCAAGGCCGCCGAGAAGAGCGAGAAGGCGACUCGGGGCAAGAAGGCCCCCAAGGACAAGAAUGCGCCGAAGCGGGCGUUGUCCGCAUACAUGUUCUUCAGCCAGGACUGGCGAGAGAGGAUCAAGAGCGAGAACCCCGAUGCCGGAUUCGGCGAGGUCGGCAAGCUCCUGGGUGCGAAGUGGAAAGAAAUGGAUGAGGAGGAGAAGGAGCCAUACAUCAAGCAAGCCGCCGAUGACAAGGAACGCGCCGAGAGGGAAAAGGCGGAGUAUGAUGAGAAGAAGGUCAGCGCUGAGGGCAGCGGCUCCGGCGGCGAAGAUGACGAUGAGUAAAUCCUCGACGCUUCGUUUGGACUUCGGGUUCGAUUCUGUUACCAACAUAUUGACCGGGGUGCGCGACGGACCUUGCCCCGCAUCCCAUCAGCGCUCCCGAGUCGCCUGUCGAGUAUAUGUACCUGGAGAUCACGCCCUAUCUUGUUCGCCUUCUCGGUAUCUGUUACGUCUCAUCCCGUCUAUCUAUUAGUGUCUCGCGUCGAUUACACUCACCUGUAAUACUAGACGAUGGUGAUAUCCAUGUUAUAUUACUGUAGCGGCUCUGGAUGAACCAUUGUCUUUUCUGUCAC